AUGUCAAUAGAAUAACAAUUGGAUUCCAUGAAAUAUGACCUGGACUUUGAAGAAGCUAAUUUUAACAGGUUUGAAUUCCCCUACAACCAGAUAGAAAGUAAAUACAUUGUCAAAUAGUGACCGAAAAAAAGGUUAUUUUGUCUUUUGAGAAAAAAAUAGGAGACCAAGCGAUUGAACUUUGAAACUAGAUUUCUAUAUAAAGACAUACAGUAGCCACUUAGACGAAUUCUGAAACAACAUUCCUAUAUCAAGACAUACAGUAGCCACUUAGACGAAUUUUGAAAAUGGCCAUUCGAAUAAUUGUCAGUGUACUUCUGGCAUCUUGUGUGACGUCCUACAGAAUCUAUCAAAAGCGUAUCCCUAAUGGAGAUUCUGUUCCUCACCCAUGCAAAGCAAACAAUGUCUGGGAAGGUGUUGGACAUUUCAACGACGAGGGCGCAGGUUUUAGGAAUGUUUUUGGUGAAGAUUUUGAAAAGGAGGGAAAAAUCUGGACAGAAGCAUUGUGUCGUAAAGACUCCGAUGGUGAUGGACUGACCAACGGUCAAGAACUCGGUGAUCCAGAGUGUGUCUGGAAAGAAAACACAUUGCCUAGCAGACAUGUUAACAUAACACAUCCAGGUAUCUGUGACCCAUGGAACUCUCCCAAUUGUUUGUCUAAGAAUACUUCACAUUCAAGAUAUUACAAUCAAGAAGAAUGGAUGAAAGAAAUGUGUAAACAGAGAGACUUUAUUUGCCCUGGAAUCAAUGAAACAGAUGUACAUACAGUGAACUUCACCAUUGCUCCUGGAACUCGAGUACCUGCCAAAGAAACCAUCUAUAUGUGUCAGUACUUUGACUUUCGGAAAAUGGCGCCACAAGACGAGUAUCAUUUAAUAGCAGUAAAACCGAUUCAAGACAAUAAAUACGUCAUUCACCACAUGAAACUGUUUGCCUGCACAGAUGACAGCGUGUCCGUCAACCAGGAACCUUUCCUCUGUGGUGCUCAUCCCUCACCAAGUUGUACUACCGAGUUGAGUGUUUGGUCUGUUGGUUUGACUGGAGACUGUUAUCAUGCAAUGACUGGAAUCACCAUAGGGAACAGAGGAUUUAAAACUUUCGCCAUUUCGGUCCAUUGGAAUAAUCCUGAUAUCAGAUCUGACUGGAUCGAUAGUUCUGGAAUGAUGGCAUACUUUACCAACAAAAAGAGACCUCAUGAAGCUGGCACUUAUUCUCUAGGACCUUGGCAAUUUUUAUUGCCCCCUAGGCAACCUUCAGUUAGCAUUACAUCAACUUGCCCAUCGCAAUGUACAAGAAAAAUAAUCAAGAACUAUAUGAAUGUAACAUCAGCAUGGAAUCAUAUGCACCUGGCAGGGAAGCAAAUGUCUAUUAAAAUAGUGAGAAAUAAAACGGAAGUGUUGUAUUUGACCAAUGAGAUGACCUAUAAUUAUGACAGCCCAGAACUUAUGCUUUACUCAGAGAAUCCUUUUCAAAUUUUGCCUGGAGAUGAGAUUAUAACCAAAUGUACAUACAGUACGAGCAAGAGAAAUAGCGCCACGAUCGCUGGUCAAUCAACAUUCGAUGAAAUGUGCACUGGCUUCUUAAUUUACUAUCCAAAGGAAAAUGUUGAAAACUUGGACUGUUUUACUUACGGUCCUGAUGUCAAUCGCUGUGACAUGUCCACCUAUCAAGGCUGCUCCAACCUCUUCAACUAUUCGAACACAGAAUGGCUUAAUUCAACCCAGAUGUAUCGUGACCUGGUCAGUAACUGCAGACGUUAUGGACCGUGUUUUAAAGAAUGCCUGGACUCUAUUUUACGUUUGAAAAAUAGCAAUCCUUGUUUAAAUGGAGAGAUUUUCGAUUAUAUAAAGCAACACAUGUGGUAUUCAUCAGUCAUUGGCCAGGAACUUCUGUCUCUUUUCUCUUCUUGUGCCGUUGAAGUGUACAAAGCCUUAGAGAACACCAACACAGCUUCCACCAACACAGCUACUGCUCCAACUCCUAAUAAGGAUACUGCGGGAAAUAACUUGGGAACCACUACAAAGCCAUUAGUUUUAACAUUUUAUCUUGUCAUUGCGUUUGUGUUUUCUAUAUUUAUACACAUGUCAUCCUAAAUGAUUUGGUUGACAUAUCCUCUAAUUGUUAUAUGUGUGUAACAAAACCAAAGAUAAAAAUAUAAUCAAAAAGAAACAAAAAGAAAAAAAAAAGGAAUAAUUCACCAGAAAUAUAGAAAUAUGAAACUAUUAGAAAUUAAUCGCAUGUUUGACACAAAUAAGUAGACAUAUAUAAUGACAUAGACAUAUAUAAUGACAUAGACAAAUAUAAUGACAUAGACAUACAUAGACAUAUUUUCAAGUAAAUAUUGCGCUUACUUUUGUACAGAUAUGAAAGAUAAAAGACCAAAAAGACUGAACCUGUUGACUUGAUAAUGUAUAGACUAAAUCUACAUUACAAACCUAUAAAGAAUCUAAGACACAAGAAAAAAUAGAGCAGUAAGAUUUAUAACAACUGAAUAUUCCCAUGGAACUAGAGGAACGCCAUUGAAAUCACUCAACUUAGAAACAGCUAAGAACAGAAGACUAAAAGAUAAAUUGGACUAUAAUAAAUCUUUCUACAUGUAAAAGUUACAUUAGAAUCACUUGCCUUACGAAUCAUCGCUGCAUUGAUUAGUACAUAUGCUGAGACAGUUUCGUAUGUGCUCUAUCUUUUGCCUCUAGAUCUUGAAACAGGUUGCCUGAAUCAGCCAGAAAAACAUUUAACGUACUAUAAUAUACAUGUAUGAUUAGGUUAAUAAGUAAAUACGGCUGGAUGUAAUUAUCUUCUUUUUUGAAUAAAAUUCGACAUAUAUAUAUAUAUAUAGUAUAGCGCAUCUUUCAUGCUUAUAGUCUGCUCAGUGGUCAAAUCUCUUCUGUGGACUAGUUAAAGGAGGAGGGGAUAUCUGGGAGAAAGUUUCCAUAUUGCCUUGACGCACUCAGCAAACACAACUCUGUUUAAGUCGGGUUUCGAACUCAAUCCCCUUUAAUAGGUAGCUAAGUGGUUGAUGUCUCUCAGCCAUACGACAUCACACAAAGGUCAAAUAAUUAAAGGUGUCAUUGAAAAGUUCAAGGAAACGUAAAAGUCAUAGAAAUGCCUCAACGACUGAAAUGUAUUGACUCAACAUGAACGUACCCAUACAUCAGACUCUCUCGGUAUACUGAAAUGUAUUGACUCAACAGGAACGUACCCAUACAUCAGACUCUCUCGGUAUACUGAAAUGUAUUGACUCAACAGGAACGUACCCAUACAUCAGACUCUCUCGGUAUACUGAAAUGUAUUGACUCAACAGGAACGUACCCAUACAUCAGACUCUCUCGGUAUACUGAAAUGUAUUGACUCAACAGGAACGUACCCAAACCUCAGACUCUCUCGGUAUAGAACGAGAUGGUCUGUACAUCUUAGCAUCAAACUUUACAAAGACCUUUUUGUAAUAAGACGUACUGCAAAAGAUACUACUACAAUAUUUACUUCACAACUACUUGACGACUAAUCCACGAGUAAUUCAUUACAUCAUGAUUUUUCCUUUUUUUUUUAUAAGUUGUAAAUAUCUUACUAACAUUUUAACUUCUAUGUACUCUGGGAUUUAAGGAAUCAACACAGUACUUGUUUUGUUUAUAUAAAAUAUUGAAAUUUGUAUUCAUUAUGUUUUAGUCUGCAGAACUAUGAUCGUCUUGAAAAAUAAAUUAUUUUGACAUUCUAGUAAAAAAAA